AAUAAGUAUGAGCAAAAAAUUUUAGAUUAUAUUAUUAAUAUAUCAUUGCUUUGUUAUUAUCUGGCUAGCUUUUGCUGAAACUUUGUUAUUAUUUUACCAAAAAAAGCAAUUCUACACUUAUCUGAAGUAUUUGCAACAAAAAUAAAACUGUUUUAUUAAAGACUUUAUCAAAAUGUCUGAUAAUAAUAGGUCUGAAACUACAGACCUUUUAACGCAACGUCGUCUCAGUAAAAUUCAAGCACUGUCUCUGAGCGAUCGAUUCAAGAAUUAUAUUGAAAAGGUAAACAGUAUGAGAGAUCAGUGCAAAAAAAUAGAAAAUAAUGUCUUUUUAACUCAAGUAUCUUCUCUUCAAAACGAAAUUCACGAGUUAAAACUUAUUUAUGAAAGAGAACUAGAAAACCAGCGCGAUCAACUGGAUUCUGUAACAUCUGAGAGAAACACCUUUCAUCUGGAGGCAAUGAAAUCAGGAUCACAAUUAGCAGAAAUGAACGAUAAGUAUAACUACGAGUUGAGCAACAGAAAAAAAGUUGAAAAUGCACUAGCUGACUCACAACGGUUACUUACAGAAAAAGAUAUGCUUAUUCAAGAACUACGCAUUGCCAUUGGCCAGCAUCAAAACUGUAGUAUAGAUUUACGCAAAGAGUUAGAAGAUUGUCGUAAUCAACUUAAUACAUUCCAGACCAAAUAUGAAAUUGAAGCAAAUUUAAGUUCUGAACUUGAGGCGGAUGUUCAAAAACUUUCAUCGCAAUUAUUUUUUGAGCGAGAAAUUCAAAAGACGGAGGUAAUUGAUUUAAAAAACAAAGUAGUUUCGGCACAACGCGCUCUAGAAAUUGCAGAGCAAAAAUUGAGCGAUCACGACCUUUAUGAUGAGAAACUUCAUUUCAAAGUUGAAGCUAUUCGCCGAAAAACUCAGCAAGAAAUGUUAUCUAUGCAAGAACAACUGGAAAACAAUUACCAAACGCAGCUUCAAGAAUAUAAAAACCUUCUAGAACAAGAAAAAAAAAAUCUUAUUCGAGAAAAAGAAGAUAAUAUCAAUCUCAAAAAAAUAAUCGAAGAAAUGAAUUUAAAGAUUAUAAAACUUGAUAGAAAGUGUAGUUCUAGUCAAGACCAGAACAGAGGUCUUUGCCACGUUCUUGAAAUUGAGCGUCAAACUGCUGUUAACAAGAUAAGUCAUUUAGAAGAAAAACUUUCAAAAAUGAAAGAAAAUCUUGAUAUGAGCAUGCGUGAAUUAAAUUUGGCAAAAAAUAGCAACAUUCCUAUUAAUCUUGAAAUUGCAGCUUUAUCAAAUCUACUUGAAGCAGAAGAAAGUCGACUAAAAUUAGCCUUGUUAAAUCCUCCAGGAGAACUUGCGCUUUCAGCGAGAGGAGAGCUGAUGCCAACUAAAAUCCAAAGACGUUCAUUACCGGGAAGUCCGAGAACAGGCAUUUCCUUAAAUACAACUCGACACCGAACGAAAUCAACAUCCGCUAUGUUUGAUAUGCUUAACCAAUCAGAAUCAGCAGCUGCUAAUCCAGAGCCAGUAAAUCAUUCUCAACGAAAAAGUCCUCCUCAACAAAAAUACAACUUCCUGCCGCCCCUCACUCUAAUUUCACCUUUGCCAACGACAAGCAGAGAAAUCAUUAAUGGUGGAAUAAGUCAUCCGCCCAAAACCUUUGGUAACACGGCUCUUCCAUUAAUCUACAAACCAAAGAACUAAAUUUAUAUAUAUAUUUAUAUAUAAUAGUUCAAAUAAAAUACAUUUUUCAAAUAAUAUUUUAUAAAUAAAUAUUAUAUAUUAUUUGAAUUAUAUAUGUCCGCGUCUGUGUUUGUAUAUAUUACAACAAACACACGCACAAAUUAUGUGUGACUUACAAUUAAAAGAUCUUAUUUAAAGGCCUUAUAAAAUAUUAAAAAUUUUAUUUUGAUAAAAUUUAAAGAUUCAAAUGUUGCGAAAUUUAAGUCAUACAAUUAUAAUUCUCAAAAUGAUUUUUUUUUCCAAACGUAGAGGCUGUUUUUCAAAUAUUUACAAAUGCCUGUGUGUCUCUGUGUGUGUUGUGUUUUGUGCUUUUUGUUUGUUUUAUUUCUGUGGCAUUUUAAAAUAUAUUUAAAACUUUUCCCAUGUACUUCAUUUUUUAUUUGUAAAAAAUAUUUUUUUAAUAAAUUAUUUGACGUUAUAAAUAACACUCUAAAGCAGUAUUCUUUUUGUUUUUCAAAUUAUAUUAUUUUUAAAACACGAUGUGUAAAAUAUUUCUUACUUGAAUAAUAGUUUUAGUAUUA